AUGAAGUUUAACAAGCAAAUAUCCUCCUCCCGAAGGAAAAUGAGAAAAUCUCAUUUUACGGCACCUGCUGGUCUUAGAAGAAAAAUUAUGUCAUCCAAAUUAUCAAAAGAGUUGAGAUUAAAAUAUAAGACGCGAGCACUUCCAGUUAGGAAAGACGAUGAAGUUCUCAUAUGUCGAGGACAUAACCAUGGUCGAGAAGGAAAGGUUGUAAAAAUAAACAGAAAGAGAUUUAAAAUAUACGUUGAAAGAGUAACAAGAGAAAAGGCAAAUGGAGAAUCCACGUUCAUUGGUAUCCACCCAAGCAACGUCGUUUUGACAAAACUGAAAAUUGACAAAAACCGUAAAAAAAUUCUGGACAGAAAAGCGCCAAAAGAGAAAUUAUAA